AUGAUACAUUGCUUCGCAUUUGCAGGAGGUGAUUUUGCUGCUGAAGUUACCAAGGUGUCUUCUCAGCCAGUUAAAGAAUCAGCGACACUAGAGAGUGUACUAAAGAAACCUCACGUCCACUACAGCAUUCUAGAGAAACACGGCUUUGGAAACAAAACAUUAUCCAAAAUGGAGAAAGACUGCGUAGAGAUCGAUAUCAAAUACGAAGGUUUCGUUGUGCGGCAGCAAAACCAACUGCAGCAGAUGGUACAACAAGAACAUAGACGACUUCCAGAGGAUUUGGAUUACUUUUCGAUGACAACUUUAUCUCACGAAGGGCGUGAAAAGCUUUCAAAGGUGUGUUAA